CUGAUGCCUCUGUGUCAGGCAAGCAUGAAGUUGGUUGCUGUAACUUUCUGUGUCGUCUGCUUUCAGUUUGAAGCCCUGUAUGGAGUUGAUAUCUGCUCAUCAAGACCAUGCAAAAAUAUAGAUCAGCCACAUGUCUCUGAGCCCCAGGUAAUGGUGGAAUUUGAAAAUGGAAACUUCAAGUUCACAUUCCCCAACCCCAAAAAUGUGAGUGAGUUCAGCAUGACCCUCUUCAAAGGGCAUGAAAAGAAGGAGAUCUGUGCACUCCAUUUGAGCGAGGAGAAAGUUAUCCCCAAGAGUAAUGUCAGCUACUGUCAGACAGAGCAUUCAAAUAGCAGCACGACUUUCAUUCUUAGAAAUCUGGAAAGAAAGCAUAUUGACAUUUACACCUACUGCCUGGAGAUGUUCUUACCCCCUCCUUAUAUAGAUUGCCGGCUGAAAGAAACCUAUUUGUACAUCCAAGAUAAGGAAGACUGCAUUUCACUGGGAUUCAUGUCAUGGAUAAUUAUUGGCCUGAUCAUGUUUGCCAUGAUUACCUGUGUCUGCUGUAUUGUCGCCUGUUGCUUAAGAAACAAGAAUCAGCAGUGUGAAUCCAAUUCCCAUGAGUACAACAGUGAAUACAUGCCCAUGGCAGCAGUGAAUGCAGCUAAAAAACCAAGAAUCUGACUGAGGUACAAGUUGCUUGUGGCAUAGAAAUUCUGGCAGCAGAGAUUUCCAGUUACUUGAACCUGGACAACGGGAAAUCAGCAUUUCCUCACCUUUCCCAGCCUCCCUGAGUUCUGUGAUGAUCCUGUGCUCAGCCAUGAGACCCCCCACCACUAGUACUGUUCUGAGCGGUAUUUUGCUCUAGCCUUGUGUGUUAACUGGCACACUGCCUGAUCCACUGACUUAACCAUGAAGUGCUAACAUUGUGUUAAAGAUAUCAGCUUUUAGUUGAAGAAAAUGUAGUGAGUUUGCUUGAGAGUAGAUUCUUGUAGUGCUGCUACAGAGGGUACUUUUAUUUUCUACAGUCUCCUUUAAGAUAAACUUUCCACUGGGGACAAAAAAAGACUACCUCCAAUGCCAAUCCUUGUGGUACAGCCAUGAAGCACUGCUGAUGUAUUGCACAUGCCCUUUUGUUAGGGCUAGUUUAGCCUGAUGUUACCAAUUCAUCCUCAGACUCACAGUCAAACUUCUUAGCACCACACUAGGAGAGUAUGGUGUGCACACAUGCUCUCCUGCACCAAGCUGUGUGACAGCAGAGGAACAAAACCUGGGAGGGCACAGCAGAAACUUCACUGUGACACAAUACCUCAGGUAUGCACAUCUGCAUUUUUCGUAUUUGUGCUGUCAAUAUAUCUUUGCUAUUCAUACCUUGGGGCUCCUCUUAUUUAACUAAAUUCUGAAUUAUUUUCCUAACAGAGGAAUAUAUUACUUUCAAGACUGCAAUUGUUCUUUAAAUCAGUUCAAACCUGCAGGAUCAGUCCCUAAACUGGGAGGCAUGAUCUCUCCUAUUCACACGUCUUGCAGCACAAAUACAACACGGUCCAUAAGGCCAGCGUAUUCACGGACUCUGCAUUGCAAUUAUCUUCCUCUUGUGGUUUGACACGAAACCUUUACCACUUCCCCAGUGGGUUCAGGGUUUAUUUGACCUGCCUCAAAUUGCUCAGAGCCUUUAGUACGAAUGAAAUGAUCAACCCUUCAUGCUCCUUGUGAAAACCAUCAAAACUCUGACCAUAAAUGACCAACUGGGAAUCCAGCCUUGGAUAUGUUGCCAGACACCAUUUGGCUGCUGGAUGCAGAGCAGUGCAUUGAUUCUGGGUCUCUGUGAUUCAUUGAAAAAAACGCAUUGGUCAGAGAACACUAUUGUGAAAGAUACAUAGCCUGCUUGUCUCGGCAAACAGAAGGCUGGUUUCAAUUUUGAUAGGGCAAACAGGGACUGUCAGGCACGAAGAGGACAUAAGAUGGUAUGUCAAGAACAGGGUUUUCCUCAACAAACACCUAAAUACAUAGAGGUAUUUCAGAGAGAAAAUGAAAAUUGUUAACAGUGACAUUAAGCAAAGGGGAAAUGAAUAAAACAUUGAAUGAAGUCGGGACUGCCAGUUUCACAGCAGGUACCCUGCUUAGAUAACCAGUUCCUAGGAAGAGAUGUAGAGGGGCACCCUGGUGUGUUGGGUAACAUUACAUUCUUUCCUGUCGUUCUGUCACAUAACCUUUGACAAAUUUCUUGACCUCCUCAGCAAACAAAACUCUCCUCUGUACGUCCACAAAUACGCAGGUUUCACCAUUUCAAAAAAUACUGGUGAAAAUAUUGCCUUUGAAAAUUAUUGCGUUUGAAAAUUAUUGGUGAAAAUAGCUAACUUUGACUGCCUAUGAGAAAUGCUGGACGCAAGAUCCUAUGCAACAGUGGAGAGUCCUAUCCCCUGGAACCUUUCACCAGCAUGAGAAGGAAACUGAAGGAAUAAAGACCUUCUUAAAGAAGGAAAAACUUGAGGUUUGCCUUGAGAUGCUGCUGGAUCUCAAGGACCAUUGAUGGAAGGACAAAUGUCAAAGGACAAGGGAUAGAAGUCUGGACAAGGUAGUUCAAAAUACAUACGUUCUACUCUGGAGAGAUAAAUGAUUUGCACUCAUUGUAAUAAAGCUUUUGGAAGUCUUGGGUUCCAUCACUGGUUCCUUUUUGGAAAAAGAUUUUUAUUCUUAAUAAAACAUUUUUUUUUAUUGUG